AUGACAGCAUUCAACAAUACCGCCAACUACAAGCCACUGCGACCGAACGAUGGUGAAAUGAUUGCGCGCCGUUCGACGGUACUCCGGACGGUGCUGCUGCUAGUGAUCGUGUUCUUUGUGCUGUUCUGUCUGAUGGGUUACUAUUACAAUCCGGAAGGGGAUCGAAACUAUACACGGAAUCAGUACCUGGCCGAGGGUGCAUCACAUGAAGCACUUCUGCGGCGCCUAAAGACGAUACUCAACUGCAACACACCGUCCAAUGGCUACCAGCUGGAAAUGCACGGCAAUCACUAUCUGUUGCGCAACUUCUAUGCACCGGAGCGGACAUUUAACUGCUACGAAACCAUAACCUAUACCACACACGCGGACUACACGUUCCUGGACAAUGUGGUGCCGUUGUUGGAGCGUUGGCUUGCACCGAUCAGUAUUGCGCUAUAUGCUCCUGGUAAAGAUUUCGGACGUACGGUGGCAUUGAUCCAGUAUCUGCUGCAGUGCCAUCAGCAGAGCUCCCUGGUACACGAGUACGUCAGCUUCCAUGUGUACUUUCCGUUUGAACAUCUUCCCUCUCGUCCGGUUUCUUACUAUCGUGACAAGAUUACGGACCCACUAGACUGUACUAAUGCAACAAUUUCCUGGAAUACGCUACUCGGCAAUAGUGGCGAACCGCUAAAUACCUUCCGGGCAUCAAACAACCUCACUUAUCCGGUGAACGUGGGAAGAAACAUAGCCCGAAGUUCCGCCACGACACAUUUUGUACUCGCGAGUGACAUCGAACUAUACCCGAGUCCGAACUUUAUACCGAUGUUUCUGCGUAUGAUUGCCCAUCCGUUCUAUCAGUACACGCUACACAGUUCGAGCGUGUACGUACUGCCAGUAUUCGAGGUAGCGGAAGAUGUUCCAGUUCCCACGGAUAAAGCCCAACUGCUGGAACUCCUUGAACGGGGAGAUGCGAUAAAAUUUCACGAGAAAAUUUGCUCUAAUUGUCAUACCGUGCCGGCAUAUACGGAGUGGUUAACUGUGUCCAAGUACGACUACACGAUGGACAUACAUGUGACGUCGAAACGAGAAGGUGCCUACGUUUCCUGGGAACCAAUCUACGUUGGCACGAACCAAGAACCGGAAUACGAUGAGCGGUUAAGUUGGGAAGGAAAAGCGGACAAGAUGACGCAGGGAUACAUCAUGUGCAUUCUGGGGUACGAAUUCCACGUCCUGGAUAAUGGAUUCUUGGUUCACCGGCCGGGUAUAAAGACGGCCGCACAGGCAAACAGACCACCACAACAAGCAAAACAGCGAUCGUUUAUGCGUAAAACAAUUGCCCGCGAAAUUACUGCCCUGUACGGAACACGGGAAGGUUGCAAGAUUUAG